GAUUAAACAACUGACAUUCGAAUUGAAGCCUCGCUAGGCAAGCUAAGAACCCACAACAUUGAAUGCAAUUGGAUAACGGUGGACAAACUGGAGUUCCUAUUGGAGUCACAUCGAGUGUAAGUAAGAAUUAAUCGACAUGCCGCCACAUCGCUGGACGGACGAAACGCGCGACACCAGCUGCUAUUACGGUAAUCUGCUGGCGCGUUCUUCCUCCGAUGCCGAUGACGAUGACACCGAACCCGAUGCCGAUGCCGAUGACGAACGCGGCGCCCUCUGCCCAGGCGAUACGCCGCUAAUCCCAGGUGCCGAGGAUGAUGCAGCUGGCGGCGAUUGCCUGCAAACGCGUCACAUCUUCGGGCUGAUGGGUUUCCUUGGCUUUGGCGUCGUCUAUGCCAUGCGUGUCAAUCUCUCCGUGGCCAUUGUGGCGAUGGUGAAUCAAACCGCCAUUCCCCAACAGCUAUACAACGGCAACGGCAACAGCUCCACUCCCGAUAACGAAACUUGUCCGCUGCCCGGACCAAAUCAAACGAUGCCCAAUCGCUAUUGGCCGCACUCGGUUGCAGCGGCCACGCAGGGUGAAUUCGUGUGGGAUGAGGCCACCCAGGGACUGGUGCUCGGCAGCUUCUUCUAUGGGUAUGUGCUCACCCAAGUGCCUGGCGGACGCAUGGCUGAGCUGUUGGGCGGCAAACGCAUCUAUGGCUAUGGCGUUCUCAUAACAGCGCUCUUCACGCUCCUCACGCCGCUGGCGGCGCGCAUUGAUCUUCCUCUCCUGGUGCUGGUGCGCAUACUGGAGGGCAUGGGCGAGGGUGUCACAUAUCCGGCCAUGCAUGCCAUGCUGGCGCAUUGGAUUCCGCCCUUGGAGCGGAAUAAGUUUGCGGCCAUCGUUUAUGCCGGCUCCAACAUUGGCACCGUCAUCUCCAUGCCCCUCACGGGUUGGCUCUGCUCGCAGGAAUUCUUCGGCGGCUGGCCAUCGGCAUUCUACAUCUUUGGUGUGCUCGGGAUUGUGUGGUUUGGCUGCUGGAUGUAUUUGGUCUACGACAAGCCGAGUGAACAUCCGCGCAUCUCGCGCAAAGAGCGUGCCUACAUCGAGCGUGCUCUCCAGCUGCCCCAGGAGGAUGAAACGGAGUCGGAGGCAGGGGCGGGGGCGGAGACACGGCAUAGUGAUGCAAUACCCUGGGGCUCGCUGUUGACCAGCGUUCCACUGUGGGCCAUCCUCUUGACGCAGUGCGGCCAGAGUUGGGCGUUCUACACACAGCUGACGGAGCUGCCCACAUACAUGAGCAACAUCCUCCACUUUGACAUCCAAUCGAAUGCCAUGCUCAAUGCGAUUCCGUAUCUGACAUCGUGGUUCAUGGGCAUCGCCUGUUCCGCAUUGGCGGAUUGGUUGCUCGCCCGUCGCUACAUCAGCCAGCUGAAUUCGUACAAGCUGUGGAACAGCAUUUCAUCGCUCAUCCCAUCGCUGGGCCUGAUUGGCAUCAUCUAUGUGGGCUGCGAUUGGGUCUGGGUCACCUUUAUGCUCGCUGGCGUCGGUUCCUUUGGCGGCGCCGUCUACGCUGGCAAUCAGAUGAAUCACAUUGCGCUCAGUCCCCGCUAUGCUGGCACCAUGUAUGGCAUCACCAAUUCGGCGGCGAAUAUCUGCGGAUUUCUCGCUCCUUACGUCAUCGGGCUGAUCAUCAAUCAUCGCGAGACCUUGACGCAGUGGCACAUUGUCUUUUGGCUGGCGGUGGGUUUGAAUGUUGCCGGCAAUUUCAUCUAUUUGCUGUUUGCCAGCGCCGACGAACAAUCCUGGUCAUUGCGGUCAACUGGAAGUGGAAAUGAAACUGGAAGUGCAAAUGGAAAUGGAAAUGGAGCAGCUAGAGAAGUUCCAGCUGCAUCGCGACAAACGCUGAGCAUCUAGCAUCGGGUUAACGAGUUCAUUCUCAUCCAUCCCAACAGAAAAGAAAACCAUUUAGUGCAUAAGCAUGUGUGAUAAUUCCGCGUGGAAUGAUUUUUGUUGUUGUUGAAGACGCAGUAUUUUGCAUUGCCGGGUUCCAGUACACUUCCAGUUGUUUGCAGUUUACAAAACUGCG